AUGAAUACAACCGCAGCACCACAACAACAGCAAAAGACUCACAAGAAGAAUUAUUGGAAAUGGUGGAUCAAUCAUAGUAGUAAUAACAAUACCAGAAACAAUACUGCUGCUGAUAAUAUCAAAAGCUUCUUCCCCUACAGCAAUAUGAGUUCCGACUCCAACGGUGAUAAAAGCUCACUUGCUCCUUCUUCACUUAUUGUACAUUGCUCCAUACACUCUAAAGAAUCAGAAGACAUCUCAACAACAUCUAUUAAGAGCAAACCGUAUACUACGGUGUAUAUAAAACCUCAUGAAAAGGAUCUUCCGGAAGAUCCUAGUUCAGACAGACAGUUGCAGUCGCCUCUAUGGCACUUGAGGCCUAAUAGUCGUGCGAACAUGGCCGAUGGGAGAGAUGAUCUACCCUCCCAUUGCACUCCAACAUCAUCAAUGACUGGGAGAGGGCCUUCUGUUACAUCUUCAACCGUUCCUGUAUACAAUUUCAAUCCAAACAAUGAUAAAAGAAAAAGUUCAGAUAUGCUUGGAUUGACUAGUCUUAGAUCAAAGUUCAUAAAAUGGGUCAACAAGGGUUAA